ACAAAGGUUGUGCAGACAGCCAGUGGCAGAGAAGGAACCAGAAUCUGUUGCCCGGUAGCUGCUAGAAAGGCUGCCAGUGACUCUGGCUUUGUAGCCAGUGAAACAUGAUCUGUCACUUUUUUCCAUUUAAACUAAAAAAUGUAAAGGAGCGGGCGGGGAGCUCCAAAGCCACUUCGGGUGAUAAGUCGCUACGUGCGGAAGCCUGUGCGGAGCAUUCUCCUGGCAGCUUGAAGCCGGGGGCAGCCGGGUGCGCCCCUUCCGCGCUCUGCCCUGGAUGAUUUACCCUCCUGCCUGCGGCGGGCUCCAGUGCAGUCUCUCCUCGGACGAGACGGCGGCCAGGUCCCCGAAGUGAAGGAAGCAUUCUGAAAUGCAGAAAAGCUUGCUUGCUGCUGCAAAUGGGAAUCUGGAAUAAGUAUGAAAAACACACUGAAAUAAUUGUGUUUGACCAGAAUAAAAGUCUUGCAAAGUCCUCAAGGAUGAGAUUCUGUGCCAAAUCAAUGCUUCUACCUGACUGGCUCUUUCUGGUCUACGUGUUAAUGGUCUGCUGUAAAUUGUUGUCCGCCUCUAGCCACCAUCCCCGAGGGCACACAGGCCAGCACCAAGUCAAGCAAGGGACAUGUGAAGUUGUGGCAGUGCACCGCUGCUGCAAUAAAAACCGGAUUGAAGAACGUUCACAAACAGUCAAGUGCUCCUGCUUCCCAGGGCAGGUGGCUGGCACCACUAGGGCUCAGCCCUCGUGCGUGGAAGCUUCCAUUGUUCUGCAGAAGUGGUGGUGUCAUAUGGACCCUUGUCUGGAUGGAGAGGACUGUAAAGUACUACCAGACUACUCAGGUUGGUCUUGCAGCAGUGGAAAUAAAGUCAAAACCACAAAGGUAACACGGUAGCAAAGAGCAAAACUGUGGGUCACUACCAGAACAAUGGCAUGUGCAGCUGUUCUUGGCUGUUACACAGACACCAUUUUAUGUGAUGAUCCCUUUGACUUAAUUCUUUGAACUUACAAAAUGAGUCAACAAAAAGGACAAUACUUCUCCUUUCAAUCAUGGCUGCAGCUUCUGAACUUGGAUUUUGCUAUAAAGCACGAUACAUUUUAAUUUCACAAGAAAAAGCAGGUCCUACCUGAAAUGUACCUUGGAUUCCCAAGGAUCUGGCAUCUGGCAGAAAUCUGUGGAAGUGCAUAUCUGAACUUCUGUAGUGCAUCAAGGAUAAGACUUUCUUAAUUAUACUAAGAUACGUAAAAUUGAUUAAAUGAGUUUAGGUUGUGAAUGUAACCUAAAGGGUAACAGAAUGAAAAUGCUUGUGUUAGACCUGAUAUAGAUGAUCUUAAGGGUCUUUUCCAACCUAAAUGAUUCUAUGGAUUUAUAUGAGAUACUUCUCACAUACAGUACAACAUAAAAAUACAAAGCUGAUCCCAGUGCUGAGUUGACAGGACAGUGUUAGUAAAUUAUGUCUUACUGUGUUUUGAACUGUGAUUUAAUAACUACCAAAGUUGUAUGAAGGUGAAAAGAUGGAACUUACUAAUCAGUAGCAAUUAUUGUAAGGCAUACUUUGGUUAUAUCUGUGCAAUUAAAUUUCUUUCCUUAGGUAGUUUGUAGGUUGUUUAACUUUUACAUUUGCAAGUGAUGGCAGGAAAGCAUGAGAAAGAGGAAAAAAAAAAUCAAAAGUAGACAUAGCUUUUCUUGUCCCAAAAUAAAUCCAUUCUCCAAGGGAACAGCAAAGUAUGCAUAUUCCUUGCCUCUUUGAAUCUAGAUAUGGAAAAGAAUUUAGCCAUUAGCUAGAAAUAUUCAUUCAGAUGCCUCAGAAGAAAAAAGGAAAGCAUGCUUGUACUGCAUAAGGACAGCUUACUGGAAGGAGAGUAAUUUGUUUGGAUUUUCAUAGCGUUGGUUACAUCCUAAUAGGUAACAUACUUUAAAUUCAGAAGCAAAAUUCCAGACAAAAAUGAAACUUCAGUUUCAAUUAGUUCUUGUUUAGAAUGAUUGUAAUAAUUAAAUGUCUAGUUCCUCGACAGACUGAAUUUCCAAGUGUUUACUUUUUGUGACACAUAAUUGUUCCACAUUAUUGUAGAUGCAUUUCAUAAUCUUCUUCUUAUUUGCUCUUAGAGUUUUUUUGUCAUCAGUCUUCAUAAAUAGAAAAGUGAGUCGAGGUGCAGCUGUGGCCAGUCUGCUCCCCAUUCCAACAUUUUAUGACAUAAGAUGCAUUUAACCAGACUGAAAUGCAGCAAUGCAGAUGGCUAUCAUGCAGAUGAACUGCUGCUGACCCUGUUCCUUGUUAUGCUUUGUGCAAAUGUUAGGGUGACAAUGUGCAUUUAAUUUUUAUAUAGACAGAAAACAAAAUGAAAGAAGUGUGGUGCUAAGUUAGGUCAUCUUGUGUAAGCUUUCUAGUUUAUGGGGAAGAAACCAUCAGCAGCGCGCAGCUGUUCCUAGUAGUAAUUGUUAGCUUUUAAAUUGCUCAAGUGAGUGAGAGUAUGCACAGGUAAUCUCAUUGAAGUGAGUGCUGGGAAGAUGUGGCCCUGGGUUUUUCAGUUUUGAGUUAUCUGGUUUAGUUCACUUUCAAUUGUGUAUUUGAUUACAGCUGGAAUCAUUGUGGUCAUUGUACUCAGUGGUAAGUAUAGAGGUUUUCUGCUCUCUGCUUGGACAGCUGAACAGCUAAUAGACUGUGCUUGCCCUGAUGAGCUCCACAUUCCUAAUAUUUUGUCAUUGUUUUGGCUUUAUGAUUAAAUUUUAAAAUUACCCUUA